CACGUGAAGGCAGCAUCAUCACAGCCCCACCGAUGAUGCCUCCUCGUCUCUCAGAUGAACCCUUCACUGUGCCGCGGUCGCUUCCCUGUCUUCUCUGCUCGUUUGCGUUAAGGCGCUUCAGUACAGUACACCACCUGAAGCACCCACGGUACCCGACAGAGACCCUCUAGACCCCGGUAGAGACCCGGUAGAGACCGGACUCCGAAGCGGAGCUAGAGAGGAAGCUGGAGCCAUGGGUUUCUCCUCCAGCCUUGGAUGAUCUGAACUAAGCUGGACCCACAAGACUCAGCCAAGCGGCCCCUGCCUACAGCGGGGGCUCCCCUCUCCCCAUCGCCCUCCCCAGCUAUGGCAGGCUUCAAGCGGGGCUACGAUGGCAAGAUUGCUGGCCUGUAUGACCUGGACAAGACGCUGGGCCGUGGCCACUUUGCCGUGGUCAAGCUGGCGCGCCACGUCUUCACCGGGGAGAAAGUGGCGGUGAAGGUGAUCGACAAGACAAAGCUGGACACCGUGGCCACAGGCCACCUCUUCCAGGAAGUGCGCUGCAUGAAGCUGGUCCAGCACCCCAACAUUGUUCGCCUGUAUGAAGUGAUAGACACUCAGACCAAGCUUUACCUCAUCUUGGAGCUCGGCGACGGAGGGGAUAUGUUUGACUACAUCAUGAAACACGAGGAGGGUCUGAAUGAAGAGCUUGCUAAGAAAUAUUUUGCCCAGAUUGUCCAUGCUAUCUCCUACUGCCAUCGGCUGCAUGUGGUGCACAGGGACCUCAAGCCAGAGAAUGUGGUGUUCUUUGAGAAACAAGGGCUGGUCAAGCUCACGGACUUUGGAUUCAGUAACAAGUUUCAGCCGGGGAAAAAGCUGACAACUAGCUGUGGAUCUCUGGCGUACUCUGCACCGGAAAUACUUCUGGGUGAUGAGUACGAUGCUCCAGCCGUAGAUAUCUGGAGUCUCGGUGUGAUCCUCUUCAUGUUGGUAUGUGGCCAGCCCCCCUUCCAGGAAGCCAACGACAGCGAGACUCUCACCAUGAUCAUGGACUGUAAAUACACUGUACCGGCUCACGUCUCCAGCGCCUGCAAAGAUCUGAUAGAUCGCAUGCUUCAGAGGGAUCCCAAGCGACGGGCUUCCCUGGAGGAGAUUGAGAGCCAUGCCUGGCUGCAGGGAGUCGACCCGUCCCCAGCCACCAAGUACAACACUCCCCUGGUUUCCCACAAGAACCUGUCAGAGGAGGAACACAACAGCAUCAUCCAGCGCAUGGUGCAUGGAGACAUCGCCGACCGAGAGGCCAUAGUGGAAGCCCUGGAGACCAACAAGUACAACCAUAUCACAGCCACAUACUACCUGCUGGCAGAGCGCAUCCUGAGGGAGAAGCAGGAGAAGGAGGUGCAGACUCGCUCGUCCAGCCCCAGCAACCUCAAGGCACACUUCAGGCAGUCGUGGCCCACCAGAAUGGACAUGCACCAGGACAUCGAGGACAGCCUGGCAGUGUCCUCCAUGUCCCACGCUGGAGGCCCCCAGUCCCCGGCCCGCAGCGCAGAGAACCUGCUCAACGGACACCGCUCCAAAGGCCUGAUGGAGCUGGGCCGCCGCGAGGACGCCACACUGAGGGACUCAGCACAGGGAGCCACAGCUGCUGCAUUGGGCCCCGCUUCUGGCUCUGGGACCGCCAGGGCCCCCACAGCGACCACCUCAGCAGCAGCCAAGCAGCGCAGCUGCCUGUUCAGGGUGGAGGAGGAUGAAGAGGAGGAGGAAGAGCAGGACCCGGCUCCCCUCCCGACCCAGGUGAUCCUGAGACGUAAGUCCCCCUCCAUCACCAACCGCCUCACCUCCAGGAAGAGCGCCCCUGUGCUCAACCAGAUCUUCGAGGAGGAGGGCGAGUCGGACGACGACUUUGAGCAGGACGAGGGCCUGCCGCCCAAACUCAGCCGUCUGAAGAUGAACAUGGCGGGGAACACCGGCAGCCUGAGCGCCGCCGCCGCCUCCGCCGCCUCGUCUCCCAGCUCCACGCAGAAGCGCUACCACCGCCGCAAGAGCCAGGGGAGGGGCUCGUCGUGCUCCAGCUCGGAGACCAGUGACGACGACUCGGAGAGCCACCGGCGGCGGCUGGACAAAGACUCGGGCUUCAGCUACGGCUGGAACAGGAGAGACAGCAGCGAGGGCCCGCCAGGUAGCUCGGGGGGCACCAGCGGGGGCAGCAGCUCGGGGCAGGGGAGCGGGGCCUCCGGGCCGGACAGGGAGAGUCCUCCUGCCGGGGGCGGGAGCGGAGGGGGAGGGGGCGAGGGUGGAGGGGGCAGCGGGGGAGGAGGGGGGGGAAAUAAAGGACAGGACAGUCCCUCCAGCUGCUGCUGCAACAACAGCAGCAGCAGCAGCAGCAGCCCCGCCCUCGGCUCCCUGGCGCGCCCGUCCCGCACGGCCAGCCGCGGCGGCGAGCUGGUGGAGAGCCUGAAGCUGCUGAGCCUGUGCCUCAGGGGGCGGGGGGGGCAGCUGAUCAUUGACCCCGGCAGCCUAUCAGGAGGGAGCGUGAAGAUCCAGGAGAAAUCCUCCUGGAGGAUGUGCAUCGGCUCCACCGCCCCCACCGCCCCCGCCGCCGCCCUUCCGCGUACCCACGCCUCGCACCCCCACCGCAGAACAGCGGCGCCCGCCCCCCCCCGUGCCAGGGACGCUCCCAGCAGCCUGAGCGCUCUGAAAAGCGGCAUGCUCCAACUACCUCUGUGUGAGAAGAUCUCUGUGAACAUCCAGGGGGGCGGCGGCGGCGGGCGGGACGGGCUGCUCUGCACCGCCGCGCCUGCCAGCUGCUGCCACGUCAUCUGAAGCUCCGCCUCCAGGGUCACUGAAGACAUCACUUCCUGUUGAGCUGUCGCCCUCCCAUCACGCCUGCCUUCUGCUGUCUGUCUUCAACUCCAUCACUGUGUUCAGUUGUCUUACGGCCAAACUGCCCACGCAUUAGUGCAACCGCUAUAUAUAUAUAUAUUUUUACACUUAAUAACAAAAUGCUGCUUUCAUCUUCAAGUGAGGAAGGUUUGAUCCGACGGUUGCUGGGAAACAUCAAGCUGUACCAUUACGAACAGAAAGUCAAUGUUAUGAGAACAAAGUGGUCAUUUGGGAGACAAAAGUCGUAAUAAUUUAGGAAGAAAGUGGUCAUUUUACCAAACCUUUUUAACAUUUAAACGUGAGAUAUGUCAGUGACAUAGCAGCUCUGAUUCUCCGUGGUUAGCCGGCAGCUGGAUUAUAAAGUGGAUCACGUUUUGAUGACUCUCUGACCUCUUCUGUUAAGGAAGGGAUGAGGAAAGGUUUUCUGUUUUUGACUCCAUGUUGCACUCAGACAAUCUGUUUUACGUUGUUUUUUAAAAAUGAUUCCUACCGAUUCAGCGUAUCUGUGGAACCCUUUAAACGUGGACAGCGACACAGCUUCAUGAAACCUGGAGGUUUAUCAAAGUGCGUGCACUCCUCUGUAGCAAGACGACGUGUGGAAAUGUUACUGCUGACCAUAUAUUUCAAAUGAGGUAUUCUUAUUUUGUAUCGUUUUAAUGUGUUGCUGUAGUUGCUGAUAGAGAACAUUAGUUAUACCUGAUUCUUUGAGUCCGACUGCACCACAGCGUAGCCAACACGUGUGCAGUGUUUGUAUAUACAGGAUGUUGAAGAGUAAAGUUUAUUUUUAAAACUUGUACAUUUCUGCUGUUUGAGAAAGUGGGCGGGCCUGUGUGACGUGUCAUUGGUCGAUUAAGCGUGCGUGUGUGUGCAUGAAGGAAAGCUCACCACUUUAA